UUGUCAUGGUAGCACAGGACUGAAAAGGAGCAUAAACAACAUUUUUUCCUCUCAGCUGUAUUGAUUAUAUUCGAGAUUUUAAUUCGUGUAGAAUGAAGGCGUUGAUAUGUGUGAAUGAGUCAGACUGUGUUUCGCUAACCAGAGGAGUCCAUAAAUGUUUAGGUUGACAGUUAAAUGGCUUGUUUUAGCGUUAGCUCCAAGCUCAUAUCUGUCUAAUCUCUGCUAGUCUCUUCUGUCAGAGGCCACAGUGGGCAGCUAGCUAGCUGGGCUAGGCUAAAGUGAGCUAAGCUAAGCUAACGACAAUGCAAGUUGAAACAGCGGGAAUGCGACUUUCUGAAAGUGAAGGCAAGCUCGAUGUGCACACACACAGCUCGUUCAGGACGACCUCGAAAAGUUGGCAGUACAGUGAUCACAUGGAAAAUGUAGAUGGAUAUCUAAUGAAGUACACAAAUCUGGUAACAGGAUGGCAAUAUCGAUUCUUUGUACUGAACAAUGAGGCAGGGCUGCUGGAGUAUUUUAUGAAUGAGCAAUUACGGCACCAGAAGCCCAGGGGCACGUUGCCCUUAGGAGGCGCAGUCAUCUCCCCAAGCGACGAGGACUCGCACACCUUCACUGUCAAUGCCAUCAGCGGGGAGCAGUAUAAACUCAGAGCUGCUGAUGCUAAAGAGAGACAGCACUGGGUGAGCAGGCUGCAGAUUUGUACCCAGCACCACACUGAAGCCAUGGGCAAGACUAACCCACCACUAAAGACUCGCAGUUUGUCCGCGGCCUCUCAGGGCAGUUCCAGUUCUCCUGCGUCCCAGCGCAAAAUCAGCCAUAACACCGGCUCCCUGUUGGGUCUGUCUCAGUUCCACCGUGGCUCCUCCACCUACUCCAGCAAGCGUUCGGUGCUGCGUGAUCACUUGGUGGAGGCUCGUGAGAUGAUGACCCAGGCGCAGGACCAGCACAGAGACCUAGUACAGUGCAUUGAGGGCCUGCCAGCCAGCCACAAUCCCUCUCCACUGGACCAGGACCUCCUGCUGCUCAAAGCCACCUCUCUGGCCACAAUGACCUGCCUUAGUGACUGCCUGCACAUCCUGCAGCUUCAGCAAGUGGCCCGGCACAGAGUUCCACUCGGAGGGCCGACCAUCGAAUGGCUGGAACCCAAACUGCCGGAUGGUCUGAAGAAUGGUGGCACUCUGGCUAGCAUCACCAAAGACAGUAGCAAAACGCAGGACACGGCUGUAGAACCUGCUGAAAUGGACUCCUGUGACAUUGCUGGGGAGCAGGAAGACAUUGAUGCGGAAGAGGAGCAGGAAGACUCCUUUCCAGCUGAGGAAGAGGACUUGGGAGCAGUGGAGGAAGAACGCAGUGUCAUUCUGCAUCUUCUCUCUCAGCUCAAACUGGGCAUGGACCUUACCCGGGUGGUCCUUCCUACGUUUAUCCUGGAGAAACGCUCUUUGCUGGAGAUGUACGCAGACUUCAUGUCUCACCCAGACCUUUUUGUGGCCAUCACAGAUGGCACCAGUCCUAUGGACCGUAUGAUCAGAUUUGUGGAGUAUUACCUCACUUCCUUUCAUGAGGGCCGCAAGGGCGCGAUUGCCAAGAAGCCCUACAACCCAAUCAUUGGCGAAACAUUCCACUGCUCCUGGAGAGUGCCAAAGACGGCAGUGUCUCAAGGAAGCAUUCAGAAAGAGGGCUCCAGUGCAUCAGACUGCUACCAUGUGAGAUUCGUAGCCGAGCAGGUGUCCCACCACCCACCCGUCUCGGGAUUCUACGCUGAAUGCCAGGAGAGGCAGAUGUGUGUAAACACACAUGUGUGGACCAAAAGCAAGUUCAUGGGCAUGUCUAUCGGCGUUUCCAUGAUUGGAGAGGGUAAUCUGCACCUGUUGGAGCAUGGCGAAGAAUACACGUUCACUCUGCCAUCGGCCUAUGCCCGCUCGAUCCUCACCGUACCCUGGGUGGAGCUGGGCGGAAAGGUCAAUGUGAACUGCGCCAAGACAGGCUACAGUGCAGCCAUCACCUUCCAAACCAAGCCUUUCUAUGGGGGCAAGCUGCAUAGAGUGAACGCGGAGGUGAAGCACAACCCCACCAACUCUGUAGUGUGUCGCGUGCAGGGGGAGUGGAAUGGCGUGCUCGAGUUUACCUACAGCAAUGGUGAGACACGCAUCAUAGAUGUCCUCAGGCUACCCAUUACCAGGAAACGAGUGCGGCCCAAAGAGCAGCAAGGACCUUAUGAGUCCAGGCGACUGUGGCAGCAUGUGACUGAGUCCUUGCUACAGAAAGACAUGGAAAAGGCCACGGAGCACAAGCGCUUCCUGGAGGAGAGACAGAGGAAAGAAGAACGACACCGCACUGAGACCGAGACGGCAUGGAGGACCAAAUACUUUGAAAGAAAAGGUGAAGGCUGGGUAUAUCACAAACCACUAUGGAAAAGUGUUCCAGCACAGAGCUCCUCUCCUGCCGCGCUUCAGUCUAACCCCUGACCACAACUCCAACCCUUAUCCCUCACCUGCAGGAGCCUGACACCCCCUUCCCCCCAGGGCUGUCUGUGGGGUCUAUGCUCUCUCUUUUACAAAUGAAGAGGCACACAUACACUCAAAGACUCCCUUCCUUAUGAUUCCUUAAUAAUAUUAUGGAUAUAAUGCUCUGUGGAGUAGUGGACUGCCUGAAUCAGAUCAUAUUCAGCAUCUCUUGAUUUUGCUAUAAUAUCACAGUGAAUCAUUCUGAUCCACAAGAAAUCCCAGUGUGCACAGGCGUCUUUUGUUGAUGUUGCCUUAACGGGAGUUGUGAAUAGCAUGAGAAUGUGUUGAUGUCUGACAGGUGUUUAAGUGAGGAUUGUGUUUGAGGAUGCUUUAUUAACUUCUCUUGAUCUUAUUAUAGAAUGCUGUUAACUGGCCAGAUUAUGGCCAGACCUUUUCCAAUAUGUGAGCAGUUUAUUUGAUGUAUUAUGAUUUUGAUAUCAUCAGGGAGAUCUUCAAAGUUUUGUGCAGGAACAUCUAGAUCUUUGAAUAAAUGAUGAGCAGUAGCUCAUUGUUUUUCAUCAGAGCUGGAUUCCACGAAGCAUCUGGAGCCAUGAUGAAAGCAAAUUCGCUGGUUUGGCCUUUGUUUUGUGCUACAGUGGUUAGCCAAGUGUUUGGAGGGAGGUGUUGAGAGCUGUAUUAGUUUUGGUAAGGCUUCUUUCUCUCUCUUGCUCGACCUUUCCUCUCUAUCCGUUUCAUCGUUGCUCAGAUGGGGGCUUGCUCUGAUUUCAAAACAGUGCUCUGUUGUAUUGAAAGCACACACAUUUACUGGCUUCAAUUAUAGAAUUUUAAACAACUUCAAACAUCAAAUGAAUCCAUUGUUUCCGAUCUCCAUUAGUCUUCUCUUCUGAUAUCUGUGAAUAUGUGAAACUAUCAUACAGUAUUAUUGCAGUUUGAUCAGAAAUGUCACAUCACAUGCACUGAAUGCGCUGUAGUUUUUCCUUUCUAUCUUAUGUAAUUCUACCUCUCAACUGAAACUCUUCAGUCUGAAAGGCAAUCAGAUAUAAACCACAUAUAGCUUAAUGAAAGAUGUGGUGGAUAUCUAGUUUUUGAGCCAUAAAAGCCAGCAGAAAUAAUAACAAUGGAAAACCGAAUAAUCUAAAAUAUUAAGUGUGUGAUUUCCUGCUUGACUGAAACAGCUCAUUUACUUUAAAUGCUGCAUUUGUACUUCUAGUUGAUGGCAGUGUAAGUGAGCAUGUGUUGGACAGAGCACAAGUAAAGAGCCUCUCAUAUGAAAGCGCUACUUUAACCCUGGUUGGUCUUGCUGAGAAACUUGUGGUGCCUUAUUUGUGUUGGUCUUCCUCCUGUUCAUGCCUGCAAACACAUUCUAUAUGAAACACAUUAUGAGUAUGUACGUAUCUGCUCCCAUUUCCCAGCAUCUUGGCAAGGACACCCAGAAUGUUUGCUCUCUGCUCUGUAUGGUUUCUUUGUCUUAAUUCACACACUUGGCUUUCCACUCGGGGCCGAUCUUCAGAGCACAGAUUCAACCUAACCAAGUUACAUGACACUUUCCGUGGAGAAUCUCCACUGAAAAUGUCCAAACCAAGACGUGAUCUGUGUCUGCAAACAGGCCCCAAGUGUGUAUCUCGAUGAGCUGUGAACUGCACUGAUGUUUUAAUUAUCCUCCUAGUAGCCUGAGAAAAGAAAUGAAUGAACUAAUAAAAUUGAUAAUGUAUUAGGAGAA